AGCCAUCUUUGUCCUCACGAGAUGGUGUGGGACUCAUCUGAAAGCUGGGAAACAGAGCCCAGGAGCAGGUUCCAGACAUGCUAUUUGAGCACUUGGAUGCACCUGAAUCCAGAGAUGUGUGCCUGCAAAAGGACCCACCGGCCAUAGGGCCUGGAAGCCAGGGGCCCAUAUCUUCUGGAUACCACUCCUCCUCCCUGCCUGCCACUCACGAGCCGUGGGUUCCAUCCGAGCCUCAUCUGUCCCCAAGCUGCCCUGCUCCCCGCUCUAUGGCCUGAAGCCUCUGGGCUUCUGAAGACAUGUUCCUUUCCUCUGGGAAACAUUUGUUCCUCUGGGAAACAUUUGUCAUCUCCAUUUUGAUUUGUCAGCUUUGAUUUGUUCCAGUGUCCCUGUCUCCGGAAGCUUGCCCUGACUGUCCAGGCUGGGCAGACGCCUCCCCUGCUCCCCCUCCCUACUUCCCUCCUCUGAUCCCCAGGCACCUGCCUGGCUUCCCAGCACAGCCCUGUGUUGGCACCAUCUGAGGACAGCUCCAUGUGCCUCAGUGCAUCCUGGGCUCCUGGGGACGGUCUGGGUCUUUCACAGUCACUACUGCAUGCCCAGCCUCACCCAGUGCAAGUCUGGGCCUUGAGUGAUCCCUCUCUGCCACACAGGAUUAGGGAACACCCUCCUGUCCUGUGCCUUGGUGACUGCUCAUCAUCAUGAAGUUGUCACAUUCAUCCUGAAGGAAUGAGAAGGUGGCUUUGUCCUUAUCUGCUGGCCUGGCUGACCUGGGCCUUCCCAGGGCAGGCUGACUCAAGGGUCUGGGAUGAAGCCUGUUGCCCACAGGGUGCAGAGUCUUGUGACUCUGACCUGAGGGACAAAGUGAUGUGAACAGAGCAUCGUUCCCUGAUGUGAAGGUCAGAAAUUCAAUUUAGCAACAAGAGUUAAUAUUUAGUUAUAACAUUGAUGUCUUGCCAAGAACUGUUCAUUUUUUCUGACACUCACAACUCCCCAAAGUAGAUACUAUUAUCCUUCUUGUGCUUAUGUUGAAGAGGAAACUGAACACACAGCACACAGAAGCCUGCCUUUGGGAUCUGUGGUCCCAUCCUCAUGUCACUCAGCCAGGUGGGGGAAUUCCCUGAAUUAUGAAAGUAACAGAGAAGACAAGCAUGCAAUGGAAGGUAUUGGAGUGCACAACCUCACUGGGGACACCUUGUACUCUGUGUGUACACAGAUUGAGUAACAAACAGCUCACUCUGAUGGCUGGAUCCUGUGAAUAUGUUCUGCUAUGUGGCAGAAGGCACGUUGCAGAUGUAGUUGAUGUUACCAACCUUGAGAUGGGGGAGACUGCUCUGCAUUGUCCAGAUGGGGCCUGUGAAAACAUAUGACUUCUUACAAGAGGAAGAAGGAGACCAAAGAACCUGUCAGAAAGAGGAAGGAGACUGACAGCGUGAGGUGGAUUCAUCUGCAGUGGGUAGCCUCGAAGAUGAGGGAGAGGACCACAAGCCAAGGAUUGUGGGAGCUGAGACCAGCUCUCAGCCUGCAGUCAGCAAAGAGAUAUGCACCUUAGUCCUAUAGCCACCAGGAAAUGGAUACUGCCAGUCGUCUGCUCAUCAAGAAAAUGACCCUCCUCAGAGCCAUCAGAAGGGAACCUGUUGACCAGCUGAGAAGUUUGGUUCUACCCUGCAGAACCAAAACAUGAGAAGCAUGAGUUACUCUAAGCUGCAGUGUUCCAGGCAGUUUGUUAAGGCAGCGACAGAAAAUGAACACAGCUGGAUGCUCACACAUACUGCAUUUCUCACUGCGGGCCUCCAUCAAACCUGUCUGGCUGACUGCUUAAUGCUCUUGACAAACAUCUACUGGUGGCAAGGCAAGGGCAGCAGAAGUGGACAUUUGUCCUCUGGGCACCAGCCAGUACCAUUGCUAGUGCUAACCUCAACAUCACCCAGGCAAUCUCCCCAGGGCCACGGCCUAGGGUCAGGCUGAAGCUAACUGCAGAAUCCUUCCCCCUUCCCCGCCCCCCGCUGGCCACGUGACUGAUUCAAGAGGCAGCCAAUCAGCGCCACUCAGCCCCUCUUCUGGGGCUGCAAGGACACACUGGGCUCCUUCCUGCUGGGCAGAGACCUGAGUGGCUGCCAGGCGGGUUGAAGGGGAGUCAUCUGCAUGUGAGGCUACUUUGGCAGGAGGUGUCUUGGUGAAACCGAGGCAGGGCUGGUGAUGCUGAGUGCCUGACUGAGCCAGGCCUGAAAUACCCGCUCAGAGCCUUAGCUAUUUGUGCAAGCCAGCACGAUGAGUCCAUGCAGUUUUCUGUAACCAGCAAGCAGAGGGAGGCUGGUCUGUGCAUAGAGGAAGGCAAUGCACAAGGUUGCCACUUACCAUAGACCACAAGGGGUCUCUAAUGGUAGCAUGGGGAGGCCAUUGUGUGGGAACUUCUGGGCACAGCUGCCCCGCACCUCACCCAAGAUCCCACAGAGCCCACACAGCCCACAGAGGGCUCCAUGAAAGAUACUUGAAGGCAUCAGACAUAGGAGGUCAGGAGGCUGGCGUGUGUGUGCAGCAUCUCCCAGAACCACUGAGAGAGACAUGCAUGAGGCUGCUGCCCAGAUAGAGCAGUGAGUAGGCCUGAGUCCUGUCCACUUGGCAACACAAAUGGGACAUGCCCAGCUAGGGCCCGACUCCCUCAGAACCUCUGGGCUAGGACCCAGCCCUCCUUAGAUUUCUAAGUUUGAACUUGCUCUCUGGAGAUAUGUCCCAGCUCUCAUCCAAUCUCAGCUGUACCCUCCCAGGAGUCUAAGCCUCCAUCAUCAUCAUCACCCCAUGGACAAUGACCUUGAUGCGUCCAGCCCAGGUCACAUGGCCACAGGGCUGAGAUACUCAUUGUGCACUGAUACCAUCCAGCUCAGCACAAAACAGCAAGUACCUUGUGCCUUGAAGGCAACAUGGUCGAAAGUGCUGUAUGGGAGUCGCCUGACACCAAGUUGCUACUUCUUAGGUUCCACAGUCCCAGGCUCCACCAUCCAGGAGGCACGCUGCACCAUUCACACCAGCCUGCAAGCUGAAUGAGGCAGGACCCCACUCGCUUGCCCCUAUGGCUGCAGAGUGUGAUAUACACACAGGUCCCAGGACCAGCAGGUUUCAAGAGCUACCCACAGGCCUUAGCAGCCAUGUGCCUGGCCCACAGGCAGACUGAGCAUUCCUACCAUUCUGAACUACAGGACCCUGCCUUCUGUGGUCUGGCUUGGAAUGGUAUGGGCUCCAGCUGGGAUGUGCCAGAGAGGGUCAAGGCUUUGGGCCCACACGGAUUCUGGUGAGAGGGCCUCAGGUCUGGUGUCCUGUGCUCAUCUUUGGAGGUUCCAGGUUCAAUUCCCAGUUCAAGGCUUAUUUCCAUGGCCAGGCAGGUGGCUGGAGAGGGACAGAGGAAACAGAUGUCCUUUUACCUGUAGAUACAAGAUACUGUGCUUGGGGACCCUGGCACACAUUUAGGUAGAGAUGAAGGAGGCUUCCAGUGAGGGACAUUUGGGAAAUAAACACAUGUGUCAGGAAAAAGGAUGUGCAAGGUCCCAGUGACAGGGCCUGAAAAGAGUGGGGAGUCAGUGGAGCUUUUGUUUUUUCCCGUACUGGAGAUUGAACUCAGGCCUCCACACUGAGCUACAUCUCCAGCCCUUUUUUAUUUUGUAUUUUGAGGCACAAUCUUGCAAAUAUUUCAGGCUGGGCUCUAACUUUCGAUCUUCCUGCCUUGUCUCCCAGAAAACUGGGAUUAUAGGUGUGUGCCACCACGUCCAGCUUCCACAGGGCAUCCAUAGCAGAAAACCUGGAUGAGAUUCCUAAAGUAUGAGAGAGGAUGAAGAAGAGGAUGGUGGGCUGAGUCCUGGGCACACCAGCGUUCAGAGCCUUUAGAGUGGGGCUAAUGUGAAGGCACUUGGCCGGGGGGGGGCAGAAAGUGUAGGGUCCUGGGAUCUGGGAGAAAGGGUACUUCAGAAAAGUAGGGGGACCAGGUUAAAUCAAAACCUACCAGUGGUCAAGCAGGAUAUGAGCUGAGGGUGGACUACUGGAUUGGGGAGACCUCAUCAAGAAAUAAAUGUUUUGGUGGCAUGAAAUUGCAGAUGGACAAAAUCCUGACUGAAGAGGAUUUGUAAACCCAGAUGAGGGAAAUCAGUCAUAGAGCAGACAUUUGUGCAGUUUGCUAUACAGAGAGUUUGAGCAGUGGGGAAGCAGCUAGGUGGCCUGAGGAAGGUGUUCUAAAUGGGAAUAAAUCAUAGUCUGUUGGAAUAUGAGAAGUAUCCAGUGGAAAAAGAGCAUAUGUACUGGGUACAGUGCAAUUCCAGAACUAGGAGAGGCUGAGGCAGGAGGAUUCCAAAUUUAGGUCCAACCUGGAAAACUUAGUGACCUAGAGAGAACUUGACUCAAAAUUGAAAAUACAAAAGGAUCAGGGCCCUGAGUUCAGAGGUCCUGGGUUCAAUUCCCAAUAGUGGAAAAGAAAACAAAAACAAAUGCAAAACCAUGAAUGAGCACCAGAGUCCCCAGAAGGGCUGCAGGGCCCUUCCGGAGUGAUGAUCUGAGAAGGGACCCAAGAAUGUAUAUCUCAACAAGUUUCCUGGUGCUGCUGCUGGUCAGGGAGCUGCCCUUUGAGAAGCAUUGAUCUAGAGGAAGUCAGAGCAGAAACAAUUUCAGGGGAUAUUGGAGCACCUUUGCAGGGGUGGAAGGAGCGGAGGCCAUGUCCAUCACGGCAGCCAGGGAGGCAAAAGGCUCUGGAGCUCACAGCUAGUCCAGUGGCUAUUUUCCCAGAGACCCAAAGAGUGGAGAGUGACUGCCAGCUGUGAGGUGAGAAGAGGUCUGGCCUAGGGCAGAGAAGGUGUGAACAGUCCCAGGGGUGGGACCAGUGCAAGUAUCCCAGAGCUGGCAAGUGGCAGUCAGGUUCACCUGGUAGGUAUGACGAGGUCAACUGUUUGCAGCUGUUGUGACGUGGUCUGUGGAGGGGUCUAAAGAAAGGGAUAUGGACGGAGCAGCAGGGACAGUAGACUUCAUUGCCACUGGGAUCCCCUGGCAGAUGGAGUCAAGGAGCUUGAGGUUGGGAGUCACAUGCUGGGUUUCAUACCCAAGAAAGACCGGGGGCCCCCGGAGGCUGCACUGCUGAGGCCUUGGGUGGUGUUGCUAUCUGCCCGUGACCAUCUGUCAGCCUUGGCCAACCCCAGUGCUCUGCCAUCUGUCCACUUUUUGCCCACCUGUCCCUGUCUCUCCCCACUUUUGUCCUACCACCUGUUCAGGUAUCUCAAGUGGUUCCAUCUCUGACCACCCCUGCCUGUCCCUCUGCUCAGUCCUCCUGUCUUCCUGUCGAUCUGCCUGAUGAUCUUCUCAUCCAUCUCUCUGUCUGUUCUUUCUGUCUGCCCAUGGGCCAGUAGAUCCUGCACCCACCCGUGUCAUUGUGCCUGCCCCUGCUCUAUCCUCAAGCCCAGCUUGCGGCCUCAUUCCCCACCACACAUCCUAUUAGGUCAUCUGAUCUCGCCAUCACGUCCUGGCUGUGGAUCAGGCCUCUGGCACCAGGGUUCCCUUGCAGCUCUGCCUCCACUCAGAUGCCAGGAAGCAAGGCCAGGAGGAACUGGCAGGGCUAGAGCCACAGAAGUCACCCAGAGAGUGUGUGCAGGUGGCCCUGGGGCCCCACAUGGCAGAAGGAGCCACGAGAGACCCAGCAGCAUACCACAGGCCCCACCUGUCAGCCCUCUGGCCAGCACCAGAUGUGGCCUUCAUGCCCACAGAGGCACCUGUGGUUGUAGGAACUGCUGCUCCAGAAACAAGAACCAAAGGGCAGGAACUGGGCUGUGGAGAGUGGGGUUGGGGUGGAGGUGUCUGGGGCCUGAACAAGGGAGGCAGGAGUAUAAGGAAAGAAGGAACUGGGACAUUAUAGUAGGCAUGGCCAUUAGGAACUGGGAAGAUGGCCAGAGAAAGGCCUGGCUCACACUGCUGAUAUCUGCCACAUACAGGAGGCUGAGGGUCCCAGAGCCAGUGACGGUAAAGGAGCACUGCCGAGCUGCUAUUGGAGUCCACCCAGAACGGCUCAGGUCAGGGUCAGCCGUCCAGCUCACCCUCCCUGAAGAUUCAAAGGCCAGCUUCCAUGGGUACCCCACCCACCCGGGCUGCAGUGGCUCCCCCAAAGCCAUCAAAGGGGCUCCUGCCCCUGGCCACCAUGGUGGUCCACUGGCUGUUGGCAUAGAGGAAGGGGCAGAGCUAUUGUUGACAGCCAGCACCACGUGGAAGGCAGUUAGAUUCUGGGGCUGAAAGCCUGGAGCCAGUCCUGGGUAGGCGCAGGAAUACCCAUGAUGCCCCCUUGUGGCUGGCUUCAUAGCUGGGUUCCACCUGCCCCGUGGAGCUGACAGCUUCUGGUCUGCCGAGUCCCCUAUCCAAAGCCACCUCCAUCAGAGACAAUGGCAGUGCCCUUUCAUAAUUUUUCUGUAUCCAUUUAUCUUUCUCUUUUUCUGCCCUAGUCUCUCUCUUCAUUUGACUAUCUCCCUUCUGUGGGAAUUCUCUCCAUCUCCUUCGCUGGGUUUCCCUUCUGUGUAUCUUCCUAUCACCUAUCCCCCUCCCUCCCUGUUUUCCUGUCAUGCUUUCUUUAUCUCUUCCUCUUCCUCUCCCUCCAGUACCAAGGAUUGAACUCGGGGGCCUUCACAGUGAUCUCCAUCCCCAGCCUUUUUUGUUUUUUUUGAGACAGGAUCUUGCUAAAUCGUUAAGUUGCCCAGGCUAGGCUCAAACUUGCUAUCUUCCAGCCUCAGCCUCCCAGAGUGUUGGGAUUACAAAUAUCCUCUCCUUAUUUUUAUCUCUCCCUCUUCUGUCUCCAUUUCUCUGCCUCAUGGUAUUUCCACUUGUCCAAGAAUCAGACCAAGCUCAUCUUCCUUGGAGGCUGGGCCAGACACUCUCAGUCAAGGUCUUCACUACUGUUUUUCCCUCUCCUGAAGCCAAAGGUCUCUUGAAAGGAGAUCCUGUCCCACACAGUAGGCUGAGAGCAGGGAUCCGGGUCUCGGAGCAGCACAGGGGAAGGGGAGGCUCAGGUAGGGGUGUGGCCAGGAUUCGUGACCCACGUAGGCAGUACUGUGUGUGAGUAAAGGGCUCCAGCAGCUGCAGCUCCUAAAGGAGCUGUCAUUCUCACAGGAAGGGCCUUGUUCCCCAGUCCCUUAUUGCAAAGUCAGAUCCUCUGAGGGGAAUCACAUCCCUUUAAACCCCAAGGGUCCUCCCCGCAGGCCCCAGAAGUGUGUGUUCAGUGUCCUCAAUCCAAGUAGCUUGGUUCUGCAGGACUGAGAGGAGAUAUCAUCUGAGGGCUGCUCCACCCAUCACAGCCCCCCAAGGAGCCAGAGCAUCUUCCUGGUGGCCCCACAGUGGGACAUAACUUUGCAGCCCCAGCCCAAUGGCACUGCAUCCAGGAAUCAGGAGGCUGCCUGAGAUCCUGAUUCCAUUGUUCUGACUGAAGCUGGGCAGGCCUGGGAACAAGAAGAGGGGUCGGAAAGAGGGGAGGAGGUAGACGGGGCUUUUCCACAGGCACCUAGCCCCACUCCGGAGUGACACCCACAUUAGCAGAGCCGUGUGGGAAGCAAAGCAUUUGCAGAAGGAGACACUGCCAGCACUUCUUGGCUUAGCAAAGGGACUGAUGGAGAGCUGCUGACCAGAGCACCUUUCCUCCUGGGAACCUUGCCAGUUCUCCUUCCUGCAGGUUAAAGAUUAAUUUGCAGCCUCCUGGGAGCUGAACAAGUGUGAAGGGGAAGCUAAAGGGUGGACCUGGGGAGACAAAGGGAUGCAGGCCAGCUCAGGGCCCAACACUGGGAACUGCAGGGAAUGAUGGGGGAUACAACAGCUGUCCAUGAGCAUUUGAGACUGGUUCUGGGGUCCUGGUACUGACACAGUGCAGGAGAGACUGGCCUGGAGAGGUGAAUGGGGAGCAGGUCAAGGCUCCGUUCUGUGUACCUUGGAAAUUCAUGGAGCUGCCUGGACUGAGCAGGUUCAGAGCUAGGAAGAAGGAACUCCACUACCAGGUGGGCUCCCAAAGGCACUGCUCCAGCCAGCACAUAAUAGGUUGAAAGAUAUUGAAUGAAUGAAUAAAUGAAUGAAUGAAUGAAUAGCAAAAAUUAAGGCAACCACAUUCAAGCAUCUAAAUUUAUGUAACCUCACUACUCUGGGAGAUUCAAGCAGGCAUACUGAAAGUCUGAGUCCAGCCUAGGCAAGUUAGCAGUUUAACAAGAAAAAGGGAAAGAAAGAAAGAGGAAGGAAAACAAAGAGAAAAAGAAAGAAGAAAGAGCUGGAAAAUCAUUUAGCUCAGUGGCACAAAGUGCCUGCCUGGCAAGUGUGAGGUUGUGAGUUUGAUUCCCAGUGCUCCCCCCCGCCCCCAAAAAAAAGAAGAGAGAGAAAGAAAAACCAAAAAGAAAGACAGCUGGGGAUACAACUCAGAGAGAAGGCCCUGAGUUCAAUCUCCAUCACUACAAAAGAAAACGCCUUGAAUUUGGGGAAGUACAUACAGAAAUUUCCCAUAUAGUGCCUGACACAUAAGAAGUACUCAAAAUAUUCUUACAGUUAUACUUAUUAAUAUAAAUAUCUUUAGGGUACACCAAACAGAGUUAUGGUCAAAUGUUUACAGAAGCUAAACUCAACAUUCACCCAAAGCUGAAUGUUCCCAUCUGAAAUAUACAAACAAAUUGAAAAGUGUAGUACAAAGUUAUUAGUCACAACUUCAUUAUCCACAACUGUAGCAGGUAAAUCUGGUUUUUAGGUUGACUAAAAGAGAAAAACUGUGUGACAGAAAUUGUUCUCCUUAAAGCCUUGUUCUUUUUGAAACUGCCUAGCUCUGUAACUGCUUCAUGGCUCUGUAGUUACUUUCUUGAUUCCUGUAACCAUGAGAGCAUAAUCAGACAUGCAAGAUGUCUGAUUGUAACAAGCGCCAUGAUCGUUAAUCUAAUCUUGUAACUGAUCAUCAUUCAUCUAGCCUUGUAACUGAUGAUCUCACUCUGCUAGCUAAUCAGAAGACCUGCCAGGCUGUUCUGUCUUGCCUUUGUGUCUCCUGUUUAUGCAUCUGUAAAAGCCCUAGACCAUCAGAAAUCGGGGCCUGAUAUCUUGGGAAUGAUACCAAUUAGUGCCCAUCAAUGUAAAAUAAAUCUGCCUCCAAAUCCCC